AUGCCCCUACUCAUUCAAAUAUAUUGUGACAUAAUCCAGAACUCUAUUUUAAAAUUUUACAAAUCCUUUAGGAACUGCACUAGUUUAACAAUCCUCCUCAAGAUGGGAAGCAGAAGCGAAUAAUUCAAAAACUUGAAAGUAAGUUGCAAAAAUCACAUUUAAAUUUGGAUAUAAAAUUUCUUUGUUAGUGGAAAGGAUAAUAAAGUUUAGAACUACUAAUUUUAAUUUUCCAGGUAGAAUCCUUUAUAAUUUGGUUAAUAAAAUACAAUAUUUACUUUGACUUUAGCCACAAGCUCACAGUUAUGCGUAAAUAAACUUUGGAGGAUUAGAAUUUAUGAUCAUCCAAAUAUAUGCUAAUAUAGUAAAAAUUUUGGGCAAUUUUUGGAGUUUUCAAAAACAAUAAAGGCCCUUAUGUGGCAAUUCAUACAACCCAAUUUUAAUAUCCUAUAAGCAUAUAACUUCACAUUUUAAUUUGUAACCCCAUUCCUAUCAACUCCGGGACUUCGAUUUGUAUAAAUUCGAAUUAUUAUUCUCCAUUUUAUUAUAAUUGAGACAAGUUUGAGGCAUAUAACAUGUAAAUUUUGCUUAAAGCACAGCAUCAUAUAGGGGAUACAUUGUAAUCAGAUCUUUAUUGUAGAACUAGGAAAUUUAUGUAUUAUAUAAUUAUUUAUAGAAAUUCUAAUCCUAGGUGGUAUAUUAUUUAUUCUCUAAUUGCAAGUGCUUAAAGUCCCAACUUUUGUUUUAAAGUGUGAAAGUGAAUUGGCUAGAAAAAGUCUCAGAUGGAAAAAGUGCUAUAGUUGUUACAAAGAUACCCUAUUUUUAAAUAAUUAUUAGACCAGAAAAUGUAUAUCUAUGAGGCUCUUCAUUUAUUUUAUAGUUCCUAAUAAUUUACAUGAAAUCUUUAUUUUAGAGGUCUUAAUUAGCAAGGACUUUUAAAAAGGAGACUAAUAUAUUGAUUUUACAUAUUUUACAAAGCAGUAUUCAGAGGGUUUUAUGUUUGGCAACCACAAAAUUUUCUUAGGUAUCAACAGAGAAAUAAUUUGUUUAUUACCUAUACAAUUGAUAAUCCACAUUAUUCUUUAAUUAUUUAUUUUGAUACAAUUUUUGGAUGUAAUUUUAAAGCAGUGGAGGGUAUUUUAUUAAACAUCAACAAUAAUUAUAUCUCAAUAUUCCCUACAUUAUUAAUAACUUUUGAGUGUUUUAGAUAGAAAAAUAUUGUUAAAGAUAAAUAUUGUGCUCUAUCGGAUUAUUAACUAUUAUCUAUUAUUUAGUCCAUUUUUUUAUACUGUUCAGAUGAAAAUACUUGCACUUAACGGAUAUUUUGAUAAUACAAUUAUUAAAUUAGAUCCAUUUCAGUGUUGUCCUUAAUAAUUUUUCAGUAAUUAAUAUUUUAGAUUCGUGAAUUUUCCUUAAGAAUGUUUAAGCUUGUUUUGA